AUGUCCAAUUCCACAGAUACCCUACCUUCGACAGCAACAGAGGAUAUCAUAUUUCCUUCGUCAGAGACAGGAACAAACGGCACCAGCAUUUUGAACUCUUCACACCAUCUCUCGGCUCUCAAGGCUCAUGUGAUCGCUGGCAUAAUCUCUGUGGUGGUCCUUAUCGUCCUGCUUGCGGUAGUAUUCAUGUUGCUCAGGCGAUAUCGAAGAAUAAAAUCGCGUAAAGAAAUGAACUCUUCCGACAGGGUUACCGCCAGACAUACUACUGGAAUCGCCCCGCAAACUAAGGCGGUUAUAGUUGACAAGCUAAAGCAUGAAGAAAGACGACUGGAAUACUCGGAUCCAUCACGUUCCAAAUUACAUUGCAAAAUCAGACCCGACGCUUCAUCCUCCCAGAGGAUCAAAAAUCCUCAGCCGCCAAGUUACUCUUACUAUCACAUGGAUGAUCAUAAUUCACCUUCUAGUAGCUCAGCAUCAUCAUCUUUUGACGACACGAGUCCAUUGGAUUCAACUGCUGAUCCGUUCUUUGAUAGAUCAACUGGUCGUACAACAGUCACUCAUAUCAGUCCAUUACAAACUGAAGGUCCGAAGAAUCUCACACAGCUUCCUUAUAACGUAUUUGCCAAAGCCGUCUUUACGCGAGAAGCGCCAAACGUAGAUCGCUAUCGCCUUCGACCUUCUCGACUGAAUCGCAUCUCACGAUCUCCCACACCUACAAAUCUCGAAGCUCUCGAAACAAUUGUUGCGUGCGUGGACUAUGAAUAUAAAUCAGAUCAUCCUACAGCACAAGAGGGUCAAGAUAAAUCCAGAGCAAAUGCUGAACCUGAGAAACCUGAAACUCCUUCACCUGUUACUCCUGAAAAUUCGGAAGGCUCUCCUGAGCAGAGGGCGGAAGAGAGAUCGUCGAUGAUUGGACGAGGUGAAUCCUAUUACUGUGUGCUAAAGAAUUUUGAAAUUGGCUUUACUCGGUUUAGGAAAAACCCGCCACGGAUUCGUACCCCAUGA